UGACAACUCAGCUCAAGCCAAACGACUUUGCCCACAAACUGCCUUGCCUAAGGGUUGAGACAUUGUGCCACCUCGGCACGCUGAUCCGAGCCUCCGUCAUGUACACUACCGGUAAGACUAGCACGCCGUAACUAGGCACGAGGCGCGAGGGCACGACUAUGUGGAGCUCCUUCUACAAAAAGAUGGGGUGAUGCAAUAAAAAUCGGAUUUGCUAGCGCUCAUAUCGAUCGUCGCUGCUCGUGAAUUGAGACUCGUAAUCACUUUCCUCCCUCGGAUACUCGAGCGCAAACAUCCCUUAAGAGAAGAACGUCAGGGCUUGUACUUAACACUUCACCUACUACUGCACCUAGAGCUUGUCUUCGACACUUUCGCACGACACACACAACCGCCAAGAUGUCCGCAGUAUCUUCCACAAUCUCCUCCGUCGUCUCGUCGGCCGCCGCAAGCGCAACAGCUAGCUCCUGCGCAUCCGCCGAUUUCACAAAGUUCCCCACCUCAGAUAUCGCCUGCGCUGUUGGCAGCACCGCCGCCGCGCUCGCCAGCAACACCUCGUCCGUCUUCAAAGAAUGCUGCAAAUCCGCACCCGUCGAGUCCUUCAAUGGCGACUGCGGUUUCUACUGCCUCAGCGUCGAGCAGUCGGUAUCUGAUCUGCAGACCUGCUUCAUGGAAAACGGGAUCAGCCCUGAGACCAUAUUUUGUAAUGGGAAUAACACUGCGUCAGCGACCGGCACGCCUUCGGGAGGGGCUAGCCCGACCGCGAGUCGAAGUGCUGGUACAAGUGGGACGGGCAUGAGUGCGAGCGGAAGUGCUGGUGCGGCGAAUGGUGUUGUACCGCAGGUGAGUAAGGCUGGGCUGGGGAUUGUGGCGAUAAUAAUUGUGUCGGUGUUUGCUGGGGCUACGUUGUAGUUGGAUGUGAGAGAGGGGAUUGAGUAUGCUUAUUACAGCACACUCCAUGAGAAGAAGAGAAAGCCAGUGUCGACAAGUGAGGAUAAUAAUCGAACUCGGUAUGAUAAUUAACUUCAACAGCCCUGCAGGUGAUGAUCAACGAGCCCUAGGCGAGUCAACGCGACCAGCUUCUCACCUCCUGUAGACCUAGUAGCCGGACCAUGGGCACUCCAGCUGUUCUGCUAUCCAGCUCAGUAUUGUGUUUACCAGGAUCGCUAACAAUGAUAAUCUACUGACACCCGA